CAUAAACACCGAGAAUAAAAACGUGUUUCCGGUAAAUAACGUGAGUAGCAUGGUAGCUAAAAAUCACGUUUUGUAAAUUGUAGUCAAUUUUAUUUGCAAGAUGGUUCGAAAAUUAAAAUUCCACGAGCAGAAGCUCUUGAAGAAAGUUGAUUUUAUUAACUGGGAGGUUGACAAUAAUCUACACGAGGUGAAAGUGUUAAGAAAAUACCACAUUGAAAGGAGGGAGGACUACACCAAAUACAACAAACUUAGUCGAAAUAUAAGAGAACUUGCACAGAAAAUACGGGACUUGGAUGAAAAAGAUGGUUUUAGAGCUCAAUGCACCACUACUUUCUUGGAGAAAAUCUAUGGUGUUGGUUUAAUCCCCACCAAACAGAAUCUCUCACUUGCAAAUGAAGUCAGUGCAUCCUCAUUCUGCAGGAGACGACUUCCCACAAUUAUGCUGAAACUGCGUAUGGCUCAGAAUCUUAAGACAGCCAUAACCUUCAUUGAGCAGGGGCAUAUUCGAGUCGGGCCUGAACUUGUCACUGAUCCGGCAUUUCUUGUUACAAGGAGUAUGGAAGACUUUGUCACAUGGGUGGACUCAUCCAAGAUCAAACAACAUGUCAUGAAUUACAAUGAGGAGAGGGAUGAUUUUGACCUUGUGGUCUAAAUAUCCUGCUUCCAAUUAUACGAAAUUGUCUUUAGAGCGGAUGUGACGACCAACACAAGAGCAGCUUUUGUUUUAUUUUAUUUUUAAAAAAUCCUUUGCAGACAUAAAUGCUCAUCUUUGUAAACAUGAGUGUGAGUGCAUUAAAGUGUGAUGUUUUUUUUUUGUAUUUCAUUGAGUAUGUUUAACUUGUAAACAAUAAACCUUUGCAAUGA